AUGACUACUACGAAGGAUUCUUCCUCUGUGAUCUCCCUGCUGCCCCGCCCGCCACAUUUUUCUGGGUCAUCUUUCCCGACGCGGCUCCACAAAUCGCUGAGCAUUAACCCGCCCGGCUACGGGGUCGACAAGGAGAAUGUCUCACCCUUCGCCGUCGCCCGUUGCUACAGCAACUGCGAUCCCAAGCCGUCUUUCAAGGGGAGGCCGCAGCUUUCGGGGGUGAAGGUUCCCUUAGCUCCGGCCAACAUCAAGAACUGCAGGCAGACGGGGGACCUGAAGCCUUCUUCUCUGCAGAUCUGCAUGCGGCAAGGGGAGCCGGAGCGGUCUCUAGGGAGCCUGGGUUCGUGGGAGCCCAUCCCUUCGUCGUCAGACGUGUGGGAUUUCUCGGACAACGAGGCUGCUCCGGCAUCUUCAUGGUCCACUCUUCCCAAUAGGUAAGAUCUGCUAGCGGCUGUCUUAACACCUUUUGAUAAAUACUGGCACAGAAGCGGACGAGUCAUAGAAAAUCCCUGCGAUGAAACUGACUUCUAAUGGAAUUAUCGGAUGAGCUCUGACCAGAUCGCCGUUUUUAGGUCAAUUCUCUACAGGCCUCUUCCUCUGGAUGUUGGGCGGUGUACAUGCAUCAUAGUCAAGGAGAAAACGCAAGGGCUGGACGGAGUUUCUGUCUAUUCUCUUUAUACUCAUGUGAGUUGGAAGAACUCUCCAUUCAAUUGAUAUCACGAACAAUUUGGAUGAAGUCAAUCUGAAAGGAAAUCUGUGUUCAUAAAAUUUUAUGGUAUCGCCAUGGAUUUUUCAUCUUUUUCCUCCGAUCGUCGACAGAAUUAUGUAUGCUUUCAGAAAUAAUUAUAGAAUUCACACCGUUGCAACGAGUAACAUCAUCUCAGAGUUUUUAAAUCUCUGUCCCUCUGAUGCUCGAUCGACAGGAAGGCCAUGGGAGACAGGAUCGAAAGUUGGCUGUUGCUCGCCAUAAAAGGCGGAAUGGGCGGUCAGAAUUCGUCGUUGCUCAGAACAUAAACGGGGUCUUUUGUGGUUCAGAUGACAGUUUUCUGGGAACCAUCAGGGCUAAUAUUCUGGGAACAAGAUAUCAUAUAUGGGAUCAGGUGAGUCAAUGGACAUCAAUAUCUUUUCCCUCUCAGAUGAAUAUCAAGAUUUGGAUUGUUCUUUUUCAUUACUAACACCAGUAAGUAAUAUUUUGGGGACAAUACAUUAGGUUCUGGUUUCUAAUGAAUACUAUUAUUUUAUUUCCUUUUAAGGUUGAAAAUGUGUCUGAACUGUGGCUCUUUCAUUUUGUUGACUUCCAGACAUAAUCAGAAGUCAAUCUUCUGGGGAGAAAAUACCGUAUUUGGCAUCAUCUUUCGUAUGCAUAACUAUGGUUUCCUUAGAACAGUAUAAUUUAGUAAGAAGUUUUAUUGUUUUUAAUAGCUAAUCAUUCUUCUGGGGAGAAAAUACCGUGUAUGGCAUCAUCUUUCUUAUGCAUAACUAUGGUUUUAUUUAGAACGGUUUAAUUUAGUAAGAAGUAUGAUUGUUUUUCAUAGCUAAUCCUUCUUCUGGGGAGAAAAUACCGUAUAUGGCAUCAUCUGUCUUGUGCAUAACUAUGGUUUCUUUAGAACAGAAUAAUUUAGUAACAAGUAUGAUUGUUUUUAAUAGCUAAUCGUUCUUCUGGGGAAAGAAUUACCACAAAUGGAUAUCAAAAUUCUUUCAGCGGAAAAAGAAUAAAUUAAGUCGAUUAGGCUUUGCUAUCGGUCAAUUCAAUUGCCGUAGGUAGUACCAUUGAUCGAUACUCUGUUUUCAGGGCAGCAGCUCGCUUCGUUCGAAGAAGAAACAAUCCAAGCUCCUUGGCGUUGUGGAGUGAGCUUCCUUCCUUCUGUUUUCUUUCCUUCAUCUUCUUCUCCUUCCCGUAAUUCUAUUCAUGUAUGGCAGGUUUGUCCCCACCAUAACUACGUUGACUGGAAGCUUUAGAAACAUGAAGGCGUGGAUACCAAAACAACACUCGAUGCAGCUGAAGAACACAACCCAGGUGCAGAUUUACGGAUUUAGAUCUUCGGGCGGCUCCGAGGAUCUGGAAUGGGUAAAAAAGUCUUGACCUUUGGUUCAAAUGAUGCAGGUUCACCAUGUCAACGGAUUUCCAGGGGAUUUCCAGGAGAAGUCCGGAAACUCCCAUCAACUUCAUUCAAGGGCUCCACGUUAUAACAAUGUGAGUACAAUUUCUCUUCUCCGUUGACUUCAUUCGGUGAAAAUCAAGCAAAAAUUUCCGAAUUUUUUUACAUUGAAAGUCCAACAUUGAUCCCCCGGCUGUAUAGUAGUUCUGGUCAUGAGCCUCGAAUUUAGUUGAGAAUGGUGAGAAAAAGACAGCUCUCUCUCUCUCUCUCCUCUUUCUCUGUCAGUCUUCUCUCACUGAAUAUAUAUAUAUAUAUUCCUCCCUUUGGAAUGCUGUUCUAGAUUUCCAAGCGGUACGAGUUAGACUUUAGAGAGAGAGGAGGAAGACCGUCCCCGAGGAUCCAAUCUUCAGUCAAGAAUUUCCAGCUCACACUGGACGUAAGUUGGGAUCUUUCCAUAAAGGAACCCCCAAUUUGAAGAACACAACGAUUUCAGGCAAUUAACAUCUCCAAUCAUCCACAGGAAAAGGUCCGGCAGUCGAUCCUGCAGCUGGGGAGGAUCGGGAAGAUGAAGUUUCUCAUGGAAUACAGGUGAUAAAGAAAUCUGAUGGUCUGUUUCGAGCUGUAGAAGGGGGGAGGACGGAGAUGGCCUGAUCAGUCUUCUCUCUGUGGUUUCAAUCUGUUUAGGUAUCCGCUGACUGGGUACCAAGCCUUCUGCAUUUGUUUGGCCUCCAUAGACUCCAAGCUCUGCUGUUCCCUGUGA